GCGCAGCUCGAGCUUGCGGACACAAAUCGGCCGCAAUAGAUAUUGCCAAGGCACAAACGAGGCGCGAGGGGGGGCAAUAGGCUGCGAGCCAUCUACUCCCGCAGUUUGGGCGAGCCCUGCCCGAGAGAGGCGGAGUAAUCCUCUCUACACGCCUUGCCUCUGCAAAGGCAAAAAACCAGGCCGCGCGAACCAAGAGACGACGCGGCCGCACAAAAUAAAAUGCCAAGCCCGCCAGCAAGCCCGCGAACAAGCCCGCGAAAGGCCACGCCGCCGGCCCAAAACCGAAGGAGCGAAGCGUUCGAGAUCCGCACCUUGGCGGCCGGGUUGAGCGCUCUGGUCCUCCUCCUCACCGUCGACCUGGAACGAGACGUGACACGAAACAACAGAGAAGCAGCUAGACUACGCUUGGCCGUGGCCGCAUUAGCGUCGGCCUGGGCGCCGAUGCUUACGUUAGUUGCGGGCCACUACGCCCACCCUUUACACUGGAAGUACGUCCAGCCCUUCGCGGGCGGCGCGGGCUUCGUCGUCAUGCAGGCGGCCGGCUGGAUGCUCCACGCGUCGACGCUGUGUGCUUUCUUGGUGUCGUUCAUGAACUUCGACAGGGCUCUGCUGGCGCCGCCGGGCGCCGCGCUCGUAUUGGGCGCGGCGGCGGCGACGGCGCAGCUCACGCUCAAUGUGAGCAUAGACCGCUUUCGAGCGACGACCCAAGAAACUUUAGCACAUGGCGAGAAGAACUCGGCACUGUCGGCGCUGUCGGGCAUGCUCGUCGGCGCGGCCGUCGCUCUGUCAGCUCUGGCGGACCGGACGCUCUCUAUAUCUCUUGGUAAAAGAGCAGCACCAGCAUUAGUGAUUUCGGCCUGCGGCUGUCUGGGACUAGCGGCUCUCACGACGCACGCGGUGCACGGGCCCUUGGUGAGAAAACACUACGCGCCGUGGAUGCCGUUUCGAGGCGGCCCGCGCUUCGUUUUGCUGCACGCCUGCGCCUGGACUUUAGUCGGUGUCCUCUGCGACGUGCUAUUGGCGGUCGGGCCGACGUCGGUGGCCUAUGUAAAAGGAGGGCCUUUAGCCAUGUGUAGUGUGGGCGGCGUGGCUAAUGCGGCCCUGAUGUCGUCGUUAGAUUACUUUGAUGGGUCGCAGCAAGUCAAGGCGAGCAUGGAAACGCCGUCGUCGUUAGUUGUAGCAAGGUUGUUUAUCUUAUGUGCGUUGAUAGGCUACUACACGCCCGUCUUCCCGGACGAGUGGAUCAUGGGCACAGGCGCGCCCGCGGCGUAUGUGACGGCUACACUAUUGGCCCAUGCGGCUCCCGUAUUGGCGCAUGUGGGCGCGUCCCGAAAUAUAGCGCACUACCGCCUGUUCAUGGUCGGGGAAGGAGGCUCUACUUUCGUCAUCACGCAAGGUUGUGGGUGGAUGAUGUACGCCUUUUCUCUGCUGUUUUCCGGUGCUACGGUCGUGACCAAAAACACGGCCCUGGGCACCUUCGCCUCGCCCCUCGCCGUGAUCUCUGCUGGUGUGUUAGUAGCCUCCGUGUCGUUGUUUGAGCACACUCAGGAUGAGUCAGAGGAGCAGCCGCGGGAGCUCUGGCAUGUUAAGUGUGCUGCGUCUGCCUUUGAUGAUUUAGAUGCUGCCGCGGAAGACUUGUAUGUUUUAAGGGAGACGGCGAAGACGCCCGCCAGUCGCGCCCUACUGAGAGCCGCGGCCCAAGCGUUAGAAAGUGCCGCAGCGGAAAGAAGGACGGCGAUGACCACAGACGAAGAAGACGAGCCCGUGGCGCUGGGGUGUUCCUUGGACGCGGACGGUGGUAUCAUGCGACGGAGGAAACAACGUCAUGCAUUGCUCGUGAAAGCACUACCGAUAGUAGCGGCUCCGUCCGCAACAGCCUUAGGAGCGCUCUUACUACAUGCGGCGGAGCACACGCGCGGGCACUACGCGCCUCUCUUAGCUGUUUGUGCCUUACUAUCGACAUUGUUCGCCGCACCCUUACAAUUCAUGAACAAGCGCGCGCAGCCGUUCGCGCACACGGCGUCGCUGGCCGCGUGGUCGUUUGCGGUGUUAGCGGCGUUAUUAGCUGUGUUAAGGCCGCGGGAAGGUAGUAUGCCUUUGGCGGCCUGCGGCUGGGUCGGCGUCUUCCUGCAAGGGUUAGCUUUGGCGCUCGGCGGUGGUACUCCAGUACAUAAGCGGUCCUCGUCGAAGUACCUGCGGAAGCUCGAGUCGUUAUCCGUUGAUACGCGUUCUACCGGUACUGUGUUAGAUGCCCCGGAGGACGUCUGGCAGCGCAUCGAGCGCCAUCUCGUGUCGCGCGAUCUAGGUGCAUUAGCCUCUACUGCGAAAGCGCCGCAGUGGUGCAGCGCCUACACCACUCCCCAGAGAUGGAGGAAACGAUUAAAACAGCUGGCCGCCGUCGAGCCGUGUGCGCAGCAGGACGUCGCCAUUGUGUCACCUCGAGCGGGUCUGCCUCCUCGAAGACAUAAAGAUAGAGGCACGCUGGACUGGAAGUUCGCGUGCUACUUGCGGGAUAGAGGAGCGCCGUUAUUACGAUGCUGCCGGUGCGGCGACGUCGACGCGAUCGCGAACCUCGAAGAUAUCCGGCUCGCGCCGUGCGCGCGCUGCGGCCGCGCGUCGGCGGCUCAUAGAAGGUGCCUCGAGAAGAAUAUCGUAAGGCCCGUCUUGGGCUCUGAUGUAAGAGAUGAGGACGUCGGAAGCUGCCCGGCGUGCGGGACGGCCUUAGACGCCGGGACGCGGACGCCUUGUGACGUGACGGAAUUUGGAGCGUGCGUCUGGCACGACGGUCCUAGACUACGGCGCGCCGUGUUGCGGGUCUGCGCCGACGCUUUACUGGUGUAUGUGGCCUGUUCUAAGCUAAGGGCGUACGCCACGCAAGGUUUUGUGGAUCAGUGCGGGCGCGAGCCUGAUACACUACGUCCAAUAUUUGUGGUCUGGCUCACGCUGCAGGUCGCUUUGCUACGCGUCGUCCGGUCGGACGCGUACUCCGAGACGCUCAUGCACAUCUGGCAGCACCGCGGGUCCGUCGUGCGGUAUUUGGCGUUGUACGGCUUCCACGUCGUCGCGUUUGUAUUGAACAUGGUCGCCUUUCUGCCCUGGGGCGCGCCGCGGUGCGCCUCGGCGCCGCUUUUUGAGUGGGGCUCGUUCCUGAUGCUGGCGCUGGGGACGCUGGUCUCGGCCGCGUGCCUCGCGGCCUUCGAGCGCACGACGUACCUCGUGCUGACGGUCGCGGAUUUGGCGGAGUCGCCGGGCUCGCCGACGGCGACGGCGCGGCACCUGCCGCCGCAGCGGUAGUAGUUGUCCUUUUUGUAACUUUCCUGUGUUGAUUGAA